AUAAAUUCAUGUAUCUCCUUUUAUUAGGAGGAAGCUUCUGUUGGCAGUUGGCAGUGUAUAUAAUGACACUUACAAAUCUCAACAGUAAGAUUACCUGAGCCUGCUUUCAGUGUUCCCUCUGCCCCCACCAUCUCACACACAAACUCAUCUGUUCCCAUUUUCUGAUGUCUCUCUAAAUUCCAAUCAUCUUUAAUGCUUAAAACUCACUCCCCAUUCAUCUACAGAGUCUCUCAAAACAAUCCCAUUACUUCAAAUUUUUGCCCUUUCUCCGACACUAAAAGGAUCAGGCCAUGCAGAAUGUAAUCCAACACUGAAGCACCUCCAUUUCUAGCAUCUAAAUAGCUGUCUAAUGGACCCCAUUUUCGCAUCAAUCAGUCAAUCCAAUAAGGUAGGCUCCAUAUCAUCAUCAUAAGUUCUCUGUGGUACUGUAAGUUCAAAUCAAAAGAAAUCUGUUAAAUAUUUAGUAUGAGUUCAUAUUCAUUCUAUCAUUCCUCGCGGAGUACCCAACAGCAGCUAUUCUUUUUCCUUUCUUCCAGCGCUUUAAAUCCCACUUUUUAUUAUUAUUAUUUUUUGUAUUUAUCGCCGCCUAUGUCUGCGGCUCCAAUCUGAAUCUGAUGGUCACUGGUAGUCAAAGUUGUUUGCUUUACAUUUUCUCACUUUCCUUCUAUCACGGUCUCAACCCAACCCUUCUGCUAAGUUUUCUCUUCUUCCUUCGCAACUGUUAUCUGUCAAUUUUGAUUCUUUCUUCGUCUAAUUAAUGGAGACUGUGAGACCCAAAUCGGCUCUCAGCGGCAAGAGCAAACUGGCCAAGACUUUUCAGAAAGUAAUCAAUUUGAGAAGAGCAACGAAGAACAUGGCGUCUAACAAUGGGAUUGGAAUCUGCAUCCUCACUUCACAGCACAAGUUUGGAGACGAAGAUUCGUUUUGUAUGAAAAGGAGUAGCAAUAAUCACAUGGAAAAGCAUGGAGAUCCCAGAGCUCGGCAAAGGGCGGUCAUGGAAGCGUUGGUAGCGAAGCUUUUUGCAGGAAUCACUUCCAUCAAAGCGGCUUAUGCCGAGCUGCAAAUGGCUCAGAAUCCGUACAACAGUGAGGCCAUUCAUGCAGCGGACCAGGCGGUGGUUGAUGAGUUGAAGGCUAUAUCCGAGUUGAAACGAAGUUUCUUCAAGAAAGAACUUGAUCUUUCGCCUCAAGUUACAAUAAUGUUAGCGGAGAUUCAGGAACAACAAAGUUUGAUGAAGACUUAUGGGAUCACAAUCAAGAAACUAGAAGCUGAAGUUGAAAAGAAAGAAUCGGAAAUUUCUUCACUGGAAAAACAGCUUCAAGAGGCUCUCGCUUUUAAUAAAACUAUUGAAAAGAGAUUAAACGCUAGUGGACCUAUAUCCAUCCUCGACAAUCUUCAGCUUUCAGCUUUGAAUCCGAGCCAUUUCGUUCAGUUUCUUCACUAUACAUUAAGAUCUGUGAGAAGUUUCGUGAAGUUAAUGAUCAAAGAAAUGGAGUCAGCUAUCUGGGAUCUUGAUGCAGCAGCCAAAGUUAUAGAACCUGAAGCAAUUUUUACAAAGCCAAGCCAUAAAUAUUUCGCCUUUGAAUCCUUUGUUUGCAAAACAAUGUUCGAAGGCUUCAACUUUCCAAAUUUUUCUCCAAAUGAGUGUCAGUCUUUUAAUAAAAUCCCUCCUGAACAAUCCUUGGACGAAUUCAAGAAACUCAAGUCUGUCAAUGCAAAGCACUUUCUUUCUCAGAAACAAAACUCAAGCUCUAGUUUUGCUAAGUUCACUCGUGCCAAGUACUUUCAUUUGGUCCACGCAAAGAUGGAGUGUUCACUUUUCGGUAACUUGAACCAGAGAAAGCUGAUUAACCAUGGAGAUUUCCCAGAUUCUAUUUUCUUCAUAUAUUUUGGUGAGAUGGCGAGAAGGGUUUGGCUUUUACACCGCUUGGCAUUCUCGUUUGGCCAAGAAGUUAACAUUUUUGAGGUCCGAAGAAACUGCAGAUUUUCAGAGGUGUUCAUGGAGAAUGUGAGCGACGAUUCAAUGGUUUCAUGUGAAAUUCCUGAUUCUGGUGUUGAUUUCCGAGUGAAUUUUACAGUGGUGCCUGGGUUCAAGAUUGGGAAAACUGUGAUACAGAGCCAGGUAUACUUGUCUCCAGUGACAGCUAACACUGCGGCAAGUCCUGAACUUUAUAUUUAAAAAAAAAAAAUCCUUUUUUGAAUUUUUUUUCCUUAAAAGAAAAAUGGGUACAACUGUAUAUUGCAUUAGAAGCUCUCAGAUGUAAAUAGAAAUGAUGACAUACACCUUAAAAGCGCUUUCCGGGUUCAA